UCGCGGUUGUUGUAAUUUUUUACGUGAAAACCUCGCGUACCUUCCGAUAUACGAGGAGAAGUGAAAAAUUUGCGGAUACAACUAAAUUUGCGUGUUAUUCCGACGCGCUCGUGUGAAAUGUGUGGUGAUAUUGAAAAAUUUCUUUGCCGGCGCCUUGCUAUGUACUUACAUUCUUAAGGUGUGUUUAUAAUAUUGUUUAGUUUGUUAUGUUUUAUAAACAUGUUUAUAUUUCGUGGAUGUAUAAGGUCAGCAUUUUUUGUUAAGAAAUGACAAGGAAUGUCAAACGACACACCGGCGGCAGGUCUCACGAUCUCUCUCAACUUCACCAGUCCAGACGCCGUAGACACAUCCACCGUCGAGCAGUCCAGCAACUACAUCCAGCACAUCGCGCUGGCGAUCCUGCUGACCAUCGUCAUUUUGAUAGUCAUCAUAGGAAAUACGCUCGUCAUUUUGGCAGUGAUGACGACGAGGCGGCUGAGGACCGUGACGAAUUGCUUCGUGAUGUCUUUGGCGGUGGCUGACUGGCUGGUGGGCAUAUGUGUUAUGCCACCCGCAGUGGCGUAUACACUUAUCGGAGUUUGGGAAUUAGGUUGGAUUCUCUGCGACGUCUGGAUUUCGCUGGACAUUCUAUUAUGUACUGCUUCCAUCCUUAGCCUGUGUGCCAUUAGCGUCGAUAGAUACUUAGCAGUAACUCAACCACUUCGGUAUUCCAGAAAGAGAAGAUCGAAAAAACUGGCUUUAGGAAUGAUUAUGGUGGUUUGGAUAAGUUCUUUGCUGAUAUCGUGUCCGCCUAUAUUUGGAUGGUAUGAGCCAGGAAAGCAUGCAGGAAAAACGUGCCGAUAUAACAAAAAUACGGGAUAUGUAAUUUUUUCGGCGAUGGGUUCUUUUUUCAUUCCAAUGGUAGUUAUGGUUUACGUGUACAUAAAAAUUUCGUGUGUAGUCGCACAAAGACAUGACCAGCUCGCACAUAUUGAUACUGCCCAUCCACGAAAAAACCAAAAACUAAUUUAUAAUACCAGAGAAGAAUCCGAUUUGGAUCGAGGUUCUUCAGAAUGUGAAGAUGGCAACUUAAGGUGUUCGAGCAACCAUUCUCCAGAGCCAAUUCACAACGAUCAGCCAAAGAAGCAAACAGUCAUCCAGUCUCGAUCCCUCCGAUCAAACUAUUCCUUCAACCACGUUCCGCACGAGCCUCUGGCUCCAUCUAGAUCAGCCAGUUUAUACAGAACAACAUUCCCUUUGAGACAGGCGAGACCAGAGAGCCUAACACUAGACACCUCAGUCUUGAACUUCGAGCCUGCCUCCAGAGUAUCUUCCUUUCGGAGAGAAACCAAAACUGCGCAGACGCUAAGCAUCGUCAUAGGUGGAUUUAUCGCUUGCUGGCUUCCAUUUUUUAUAUUUUACUUGUUAACGCCGUUUAUAAACACCAAUGAAGUCAAUACUUUGAUUAUGUCGUAUCUAACGUGGCUGGGUUGGAUAAACUCAGCCAUAAACCCAUUCAUCUACGCGUUUUAUAGCCCAGAUUUUCGGCUGGCUUUUUGGCGGCUGACUGUCAAAAGGUUUACGAAAAGCCACAGGCAAAACAUGGCUCUCCAGCACAAAUAAGCGUACAUGUUUGUUUAGAGAACAUUUUUGAGUAAGCCUAUACGUGAGGGCUGUUCCCUCAUUAAAUAAUAAACAGAGGGGAUGAGAUUGACGCUUUAUUUUGCAUAUAACUCUGCACAAACUGUAAGAAGUAGGCCUCCGGUAAUCUCGUAAGCAAUUUAUAUGUUUUGUAUUCCAAUAGACUUAUUUUUAUAGAUUACUCGCAGAAUACUGAUAACGCAAUCAAAUCAGAUAUAAACCGAUUUUAUGAAUGUGAAAUAAACACAAGCACAAUGAUUAGUCAUCGACAAGUGCCAUUUAUAAUAUAACUCUCUUCCCGUAUUGCCUGUGGAUUUCUGAGCAACUCCGAAGCAAGGAUGACACUUAAAAUCAAUCUAUCAUUUUCUAAAAGCAUAAAGACGGUUUCCCAGAGAAUCCAGAAGGAAUCUAUUUUAAAUUGGACAAUUUCCAUAAGAGUCUAUUUUUUGCUGGAAUCACUUUAAGAUGUAGGUAUAUUGUAUCAAUAACCACGACAUGCGCCAGUCGCAAACCUCGUGCUUAAUUUUUUAUUAACAAAAUACGAAAAAAAUUGAAAAUUUUUGCUUUGUGCGCCUAUAUUUUUGCCUAUAACUUAAGAGAUAUGACUCCUACAAAAAAACAAUUUAAUUAGGAUCGGUUUAACAGUUUUUGGACCAUGGUAUCCACUGUUCACAAAAAAUUACAAAAUUGCACAAUUUUGCUGGCCCUCUAAACAAGCACUUCACAUAGUCGAUUUUUUUUGCAUAUAGUAUUUUUACUACAAA